AUGAGUUCUAAACCUAGUGGAAGCGAAUUCAAAAAGAGAAGAGAGGCCCGGGCAAAAAAUGAAGCCGAGGUUUUAAAGAAAGUGCCUAAAAUUUCAGCUUUUUUUGGCAGUGAUGAUAAAAGCAAAUGCGAUCCCGUAACAGAAAAGCCCGAUAACAGCGAUCGCGACGUUCCUUUAACAGUUGAUCCUGGUCCCAGCACACGUAUAUCGGGUGAUAACGAGAGUGACAGUGUAAAGAGUGUCGGAGACUCGGCGGAAAAACUCGAAAGUGAUAUUGAAUCGGGGGAGAAUUUGAUUGGUGCGGUUUUUCUCUCGGAUCCAGCGCUGUGGAAAAUCGAUGAAAAUCUUCGCGAUUACGUGGCGGCUCACGGUGUGUCCCAAAACUGUGGCGUAGAUUUCAGUGCAUCGAAAAGACUUUAUCCAGACCAAGCACGGUAUGCCUCAAAAAGUAUGUUCACGAGAACAUUGCUCAAUGGUGAAACCCAAAAUCGAUCGUGGAUGGUGUAUUCUAAAUCUAAGGGUUGUGUUUACUGCGUUCCUUGUAUGUUGUUCGGAUCACCCGCGAAUUCAGACAGUGUAUUUGUGACCGGGUAUAAUGAUUGGAAAAAUGCAACCCAGCGAUUAAAGGAUCAUGAAAAUUCACGCGGACACAAAACAUGUUUAGGAAACCUGAAAGUCCGAGCGAAUACGAAAGGACGUGCAGAUUCACACCUGCUUGAACAGACGGAAAAGGAAGUAAGCUACUGGAGAGCUUUGUUAAGAAGAGUUGUCGCGGCUGUGAAAUUUCUAGCCAUUUACGGCCUGGCAUUCAGAGGCUCAAGUGAGAAAAUUGGAGAAGAAUCAAAUUCAAAGGGCAAUUAUCUUGGUUUACUGGAAUUUCUAUCAGAAUUUGACCCGUUUCUUAAAAAGCAUAUAGACCGUUAUGGCACUGUCGGUUCAGGGCACACUUCAUACCUAUCAUCCACAGUCUCUGAGGAAUUUAUUUUACUCAUGGCUCAAAAAGUGAAAACCAUUAUAUUGCAAGAAGCAAAAGAUUCUAAGUAUUUUGGCAUUGUUUUGGAUUCCACUCCCGACAUUUCACACACAGAUGAACUCACUUUCAUACUGAGGUAUGUGAAAAAUGGGGAGCCAGUCGAAAGGUUCCUGUGUUUUUUACCCAACAUCGGCCACAAAGCUGAAGAAGUAGUCGAAGCAGUGAUAAAGGUGUUCGAGGAGUGUGGCCUGGAUGUCUCAAACUGUAGGGGACAAUCAUAUGAUAACGCAUCGAAUAUGUCGGGUAUUUACUCCGGCGUUCAGGCGCGAAUCAAGGAAUUAUGUUCCCAUGCUGAAUAUGUGCCGUGUGCGGCUCAUUCUCUAAAUCUUGUAGGUUCCUCGGCUGUCGAGUCUUGUGUUAUGGCAAUAUCGUUUUUCUCUCUCCUGCAAGAGCUUUACAAUUUUUUCUCUUGCUCUACGAAACGAUGGGAAGUGCUUUGCAAGAAUUGCACUCGAGUCCUUCACAGCCUAUCCAAAACACGAUGGGCAGCUCGACAUGAUGCUUGUCUUACCCUUGUUAAAGAUUGGACUGGAGUAAUUAAGUCUCUUGACGAAAUUGCCAGUGAUGAGCACCAACCAGGCGAUACCAGGCAUGAGGCACGUUGCCUAAAAGAUAAAUUGGACUCCNUAGAAACAGCUUUGAUGGUCACCAUAUGGGGAAGUAUUUUAGAAACAUUCAACAAAGUGAGCAAAAAACUUCAAAGCCAAGCCAUAGAUCUCGGAGAAGUUAAACGUCAGUACAAAGCUCUUUCCGACUACGUGUCAAAUUUGCGUGAAGAUUUCGACC